ACCUGUGUUGUUAUCUGUCAUUCAGUGGUGAGCGGCCGCGGGUGGCAGGUGUGGGCUGAUUCUCUCUGUCUUGAGCUAACUGUACUCUCGCUGUAAUCCACUAUGGACGCGACAGUGAGGCACAGGAAGAAUAAGUCUUCCCCGAAAGGUGACCCAGCUAGCAAGGGCGAUAUAGAAGAAAUAACGUCGGCGGACAAUCACAACAUGCUGAAGGAGAGCAUUGAGAAACUGAAGCAAAUGAACGAAAACAUUAAUAGGGAUUCGGUGUGUGAUGGCGGCUCCCACUCAUCCACGGUGGACCGUAAGGGUGAUGGAGAGUCUGCACCAGACACGCCGCCACCGGAAACGGCCCCAGACGAAGCUGUUCCUUCUUCUACUUCCACCACCACAACCACCACAACCUCCACCACCAUUGAAUCCACACCUGCCACCAAAACCCCUGCAAUUCAAAGAUCUUCCACGCGUCAAAAAUCAAAGACGUCUACCAAAUCGGCCUCGCCUGCCCCUCCCCUGGAACUUAGCCUACGUCUGGAUGGCAUGUCCGUUUCCCUAUUCGUAUUGUCUUUUAUUACUCGCAUUUGGAGACUGGACAGCCCUAAAGGCAUUGUGUUUGAUGAGCUACACUAUGGAAAAUAUGCUGGUUUAUACAUGCAGAACACAUUCUUCUUUGACUCGCAACCUCCACUUGGAAAACAGCUGAUAGCCCUUGCUGCCUACUUAGCAGGCUUUGAUGGCAACUUCAAAUUCGAUCGCAUUGGUACCCCAUAUGAUCCUAUUGUACCAGUAUCAGCCAUGCGUGUUGUACCUGCAUUUUUUGGUUCCUUGCUGAUGCCCACAGUUUAUAAUCUUCUGGUAGAGUUGGGACUGUCUCAUUAUGCUGGAGCCCUUGCUGCAUUCCUCAUGAUCUUUGAUAAUGCUAUAUUAGCACAGUCCCGUUUCAUCUUAAUGGAGGGAAUUCUUAUGUUCUUUGGUUUGUUUGGCCUUCUCUGCAUUUUGAAGUUUCGUCGUUUUUACAAUCAGCCUUACAGCGUUCCCUGGUUUGCUUGCCUUAUUGUUGGGGCUGCAUCACUGAGUGCUUGUGUGUGUGUGCGAUACUUUGGUAUAUUUACUUUCCUGCUUGGAUUGGGCAUCUUAUCUCGUGACUUCUGGAUGAUGGUUGGUGACCGUCUGGUAACAGAACGCCAGUUGCUUGGUCACUUCCUCACUCGUGCAGCGAUAUUUAUUACCAUACCAGUUGCACUGUACAUUGGCUGCUUCUAUAUUCAUCUGUCAUUGCUGUAUAAGGCCGGGCCAAAUGACAAUAUUAUGACAUCAGCAUUCCAAGCCAGUCUGGAGGGUGGAUUAGCAUCUAUUAUUGCCAAUCAACCAGUAAAGGUGCUUCAUGGGUCACAAAUUACACUCCGCCACACUCAUGGCCGCACUUGUUGGCUGCACUCUCAUGAUGCAGUUUAUCCUGUCAAGUACCAAGAUGGGCGGGGCUCAUCACAUCAACAACAGGUCACCUGUUACAGCUACAAGGAUGUCAACAAUUGGUGGAUUGUGAAAAAGCCAGAGAUAGAGGAAUUGGUUGUGACAGAACCUCAUGAACACAUUAAAAAUGGUGAUAUUAUCCAGCUAGUUCAUGGGCUGACCUCUCGUGCCCUCAACUCGCAUGAUGUUGCAGCCGCCAUGUCGCCACACAAUCAAGAGGUUGCUGCAUACAUAGACUACAAUGUGUCUAUGCCAGCUCAGUCUACAUGGCGUGUAGAAAUCCUCAACAGUGAACAAACCGACGGACAUUGGCAUGCUGUGGAAAGUCAGAUACGCUUGAUUCAUGUCAAUUCAAGUCAAGCUCUCAAGUUUUCUGGUCGCCAGCUUCCAGACUGGGGUUUCAGACAACACGAAGUUGUUACCGACAAAUUGUUAGACCAGGAAGACACCAUUUGGAAUGUUGAAGAGCACCGCUACACCCGAAAUGAAGACAAGAAAGAACGAGAGAAGGAUUUGCUGCGUUCAGAAAUGAUUCCAAUGGAACGCAAAAAUUUGACCUUUUGGAAUAAAUUAUUUGAGCUCCAGUACAAGAUGUUGUUUAACAAUCAGGAAAAUGUUGCUGGCCACAUGUAUGCUUCGGAACCCCUAGACUGGUUAUCUCUCAAACGAGGCGUGGCAUAUUGGAUCUCUGCCAAUAGUAAUGCUCAAGUUCAUUUCAUCGGAAACAUUGUUACCUGGUUGUCGGGAACACUGAGUUUGGUGGCAUAUGGUGGCCUGUUUCUAGUGUACCUUUUGAGGCGGCAAAGGGCGUGUUAUGACCUGCCGGAGAAUGCUUGGAACAAAUUUUGCAGUAUUGGCGAGAUUCUUGGAGUUGGGUAUGCAGUGCACUACUUCCCAUACUUCCUUGUCGACAGGACACUUUUCCUCCAUCACUACAUACCAGCUUACAUUUUCAAACUGUGUCUGUUGGCAGCCAUGAUAGAGCAUGGGCAUUACCUUGUGCUGGAGUACUUGAAGGCUCCUCGUCUUGCCAGAGUGUACCUGGGCGUUGUGGCUGCCUGGAUGAUUUCCAUCCUCUAUGUAUUUUGGUUCUUUGCUCCUGUAACAUAUGGCACUACAGACCUUACAGCUGAUCAAGUGAUGAGCAUGGCUUGGAGGGAUACCUGGGAUCUCAUUAUACAUAAGCAGUAACAAUGUCAUUACCACUUUUUUUUUUUUUUUUAAAUGUUAACAGAAGUGAAGUUUAAAACUAUUUAAUAGUUUGUGAAUAAUUUUUAUUUUUGUAUCCAAAUUGUGUAAGUACUGUAUUGUUGCCAGGUAGGUGAAACUGUUUACAAAAUGACAUGUUUCUAUUUUAGUAUCAUAUUGACUACAGAGUAUUUUUAUAGGUUUUGUGUUCUACAUUAAAUAACAAAGUAUCCUAGCAUCUGUACUGUUUUUGUCAGUUUCACAUACUGGUAAUGAAUUAAUAAAUGGGACACUUCUUGGAAUAUACUUUCCAUGGUUUGACAAGUACAGGAUACAUGCUCCUUCAAUGUUUAACAAAAGUCCUUAAAAUACUUAGUGCAACCAGUACCAAAUGAAUCUCCAUCAGUGUGUGUACAUGUUUUCAAUGUGCCUUCCUGGUAAAUGUGAAAGUGUAAUUGAUGAAAAUCUUUUACAAAAAAUAUCUGAUGCUUCAUAUUCUUAAUUUAAAUUAAAUGUAUUUAUACAAUUUAUAUGCAAGUAGAUUAGGGCACUUGUUGGCAGAAAUACUGUGUAAUGCUUCCAAGUAGGUCUUCCUGUGUGUGUGUGUGUAUAUAUAUUAACAUUACUUCAUAUACAAAAUAUAGGUAAGGUAAUGUAAGUGUUAUAUCAAAUGUUUCGUUAAACUUAGAUGUGAAUAUAGACCGUUGAUAUUUUGUAUUUGACAUACCAUCACUUUAUUUAACAAAAAAUGAUGGAUGAAUGCUGGAAGUUUAGAAGGCUAAUAAAUAAUAAAUACUAUUUAAUCUGGGUGGAGGUAAUGUAAAAGUUAUUCUCAAUUACUAUUUUUGUAUAUUUGUUACUUUGAUAAAUAAAAUGUUAUUCUGG